GACUUGGCCUCAGUAAACUGCACCAGAGGACACACGGAGCCUCCAGCUGCAGCUUAGACGCGUCUGGGACGCAGCGCGCAUGAUCACACUGGAGAUGAACAUGGACACAGCUGCGCGAUUCUCCACACAUGCGGAUAUAAAUCUGUUUAUAUCACGACUUUCUACUAAUUUUAUUUACAAGAAGUACUGUUCAGCAGAAAUCUGCGAUGGAGUCGGAAGAGAGUAAGAUCUCAGUGUGGGUUUGCCGAGAAGAGAAACUGGUCUUCGGCUUGUCGAAGCGCACAACCUGCGCUGAUGUUGUCAAAGUGCUUCUGGAGGACCAAAACUCUCAGCACGGCCUUUCCACGGCGCAGUCCUACUGCAUCGUGGAGAAAUGGAGAGGCUUCGAGAGGAUUUUACCAAACAAAACCAAGCUCUUACGGCUUUGGCUCGCAUGGGGAGAGGAGCAGAGCAACGUGAAGUUCGUGUUGGUGAAGAGCGAAGCGUCUCUGGCGAACCACGGAGCCCGGAGCGCAGAGGCGCGUGUGGUGCUCAGCAAACAGAGCCCCUGUGUCACCAAAGGCACCGCACGGUCUGCCAUGGGCGGCAUCUCACCCGAGAAACAGCGCAGGAUUGUCAGAAAAGCCUUCCGAAAGUUGGAGAAGAUUAACAAAAAGAGGGCGCAGGCGGCGCACAGAGACGCGUCCUGCGCGGAGAAGAUGGAAACGUUGGUUCAUCUCGUGGUUUCUCAGGAUCACACGAUCCGCCAGCAGAUCCAGAGGAUUCAAGAGCUCGACUCAGAGAUCGAGAGGUGCGAGGCAAAGGUGCACUUUGAUAGAAUUAAAAGGCACGGGGUCAACUAUGUGCAGAACACGUAUCUGAUGGAUGCAGCUGCAGCUUCCAGCCAAGAGGGACAGCAGCUGUGUUCACCGGACACUUUAACCAAGUUAGAGGAGCAUGUCCGGCAGUGCGGGGAGGUGGUUCAACUACAGGAGGAGCUGAGGGAGCAGGAGGCCCUGAUAGACAUGAUCACGGUACAGAUCCAGGAGGAGCUGAACCACCGCUGGAUGCAGCGCAGGAAAAAGGAGCUGCAGGGCAAAGACUGGGAGGACUCAGCGGCCCUGGCCAACCCAGAGGCAGAGACAACAUCCGAAAAUGAGCUGCUGUUGGAAGAAGAGCGGAUCAAAACGCAGCUAGAUGCGAGUUUAUACAUCGGUCUGCGCCUCAACACGGAUUUAGAGGCUAUUAGGAGUGAUUUAGAGCUGACCCAGCAGAUUUGCGGGGCGAGAGAGAAGGAGAUCAGGGAUUUGCAGGAGAAAGUCAACACUUUGGACAUGGAGGAAGGGACGGGCUGGGAGGAGGGAUGUAAAGAGGAGACAGACGAUAAGAUGGGGAUGAUGAGCACUUUGGAGAGGAGAGUUGGAUGGGUGGAGCAGGCCAGAGGGCUGUCAAAGGCUCACAGUGUGAACGACGACGACUCAGACACUGGUUUAAGUUCUCUGCACAGUCAGGACUCAGACGGCCUCCCUGUGUGGGAGUCACUGGUUUAGGAUUUCUUGGAACGUGGCUGAUUUAUCAAUUCUCAACAAGAAAAUUCAUUUCUGCAGACUCAGGGAUUCUAAAUACUCCAGCAUAAACAUGGGUGAUGGAGAUUUUGUACUCUUUGUAUGGCAUCAUAAUAAUCCCUAUAUAGUCAUAUUUUUAUAACACCAUUCUGAAACUGGUUUACACUUUGACACAGUGAGUGUUCAUUUUUACCAAGAAAGCUGUUUGACAUUAAAAUAAACAACUUGUUUUUGAA